GUGAAGCUUCGGAGGCCCUCAGCAGGGGAGCAGCCCACCCAAGGAAGACGGCAAGGGGUUGCGGUCUGAGCCACACAACCGGCAGGGCGAUGAAGCUGAACGAGCGGAGUGUGGCUCACUAUGCCACCUGCGACUCGCCUGCCGAUCAUGCUGGCUUCCUCCGCAAGCGGGUGGAGCGGCACCACCACCAUGCCCACCACCACCACGCCACCUCCUACCAGCGCCGCUGGUUCGUCCUCAAGGGCAACCUCCUCUUCUACUUCGAGGAGCGGGAGAGCCGGGAGCCCGUGGGGCUGGUGGUGCUGGAGGGCUGCACUGUGGAGCUGUGCGAGGCCGCCGAGGAGUUCGCUUUCGCCAUCCGCUUCGACGAUGCCGGCGCCAGGGCUUACGUGCUGGUGGCCGAUGGGCAGGCUGCCAUGGAGGCCUGGGUGAAGGCGCUCUCGCGGGCCAGCUUCGACUACAUGCGGCUGGUGGUGAGGGAGCUGGAGAAGCAGCUGGAGGAAGCCUGCAAGAGCUUAGCCGCUUGCCGCAAGUCUCCGCGGAGGUCCUCCUCCUCCGGCAGGAAGAGGCACCUCUCCAACCCCGCCUUGCUGCCUCUCCAGGAGAAGCCUGCCGUCCUGGAGAACGGUUACUCCACGUGGGGUAGUGGUGGUGGUGUCCCUGAGGGGGCCGCUUGCCCCGACCGUGAUGGGGGGCAUGCAAAGCCCCCACCCCUGCCUCCGCGCCGGCGCUCGGCCGCUGGCAGUGCCGCGGGGUCCCCGGCACCCGGCUUCUCACUGGCCAUGCCAGAGAGCCCGGUGUCACCAGAGACAGCCUGCUUCUCCAAGCUGCACAGCUGGUAUGGGCAGGAGAUCGCGGUGCUGAGACGGGAGUGGCAGGAGAGACAGAAGAGGGGACACCCGUGACCGGGGGCACGAGCCACCGGCCAGCCGAUGCCCGGCAGCCUGUCUCCCACGCGGGAAGAGCGAAGCGAGGGAUGCUGCUUGCCCCCUGCCCUGGUCGGUGGCCGAGUGUGCGGUGCGUGUGUGCUUCACGGGGUGUGUGGGAGGGACCCGGGUCUUCCCCAGACCUCACAUUUCAUUUCCAUGAGGCUUUAUACAGCUGGAGAGUGUGUAGUACCAGGGGAGCUGCCUUUGAACUCUCCUCUGCUGGUGAUACGAGGUGUGGAGGGGGCCCAAAUCGGCACGUAUGCAACAAACCUCACCCAACAGGCUUGGCCCCUUGCUGUCCUGGCAUGGUGGAUGCUCUAGGUGCUUCAUUGCCCACCUCCUUCACCACUUUCUUUUGGUUUUGUUUCUCAGUGUGGAAGUUUGCACAGGUCAGCAUUUAUUACUGUCUGUGGUCUUGCGCCGAAGUCCUUCUGCCUUUGCUCUUUUGCUGCAGAUAAGGCUGGGCUCUUAUGAAAUGCCUCCAACGGGUGGGCCACUGGCCCUGGCAGGUGCCUCCAGCCUUGUGCCUCUCUUGCCACGGGACACAUGAGCCACCAUGGCUGUGGCUGGCCCAGCAGCCAGGGCAACAAGGACCAGGCUCUUGUGUCAUUGGUUUUUUUUACUUUCAUCUGCACUAACCCUCCUCCCUGCUAAAUCCCUCAGGAUGUGGAUUUCACGGGCUUGCAUCUGUCUCUUUGGGCGCCCAAGCUCAGCAGCGAAGCUGAAAUGGAGACACCGAGCCUGGUCUGAAGCAACAGUGAGGACCAGGAUCUCCCCAGGGCUGAUCUGGACUCUGUCGAGCGGUAGCCAAGCCUGUUAAUGUCUCCAGCCCAAGCCUUCGCUGUUCCAAAACAGGGAUGCUAAAGCCUCUUUGCCUUGCCAGGGGUGAAUUCAUCAGCCUCUGCGCUGACUGUAGCUCCUGCAAAGUGCCAUACAGGGCUCAGCUGGCUCGUUGGGCAGCUUGACUGAGACGGCGUCCAGAGCUGCACUCUUGCAGAGUCUCUCUCGCUGUUGUGGCUCUGCCCGGCUCCUGGCAGAGCUGCGCAGUCGGAGGAGAGACUGUGGUGGGGAGGAGAAGAGGGCUGGCCCCGGGAGGAGAAGUGAAGGUGUGGGAGUGCGUUACAAGUUGCACUGACUGACUGUGUGUCAGCAGUGUCUGGGCUUGCCCCUCUAGCGUCAAAGCCAUAUUGCUGCCUUCUACCAAAGCCAGCGCCUGACCUGCCGGCGCUUCCCUCCGAUUUCCUGUCAGCAUCACUCGGCUGAUCUCCGUAGCACGUCCCAUCCUCCCAGUGGGUGAGGAGGGCUGCGGGGAGGCACGCCUGUCGCCCUGCUACAGAAACGGACUUGUCCUUCGCCAGUAGGUCAGAAACCUUGGUCACGAGGCAGAUGGUACAAGUAGGUGGGUGCUGAGUCCAGGGGCUGCAGCACCUUGGAGAUGGGGUUGACAAAUCUUCUCCCUUAUCCUCUCGGCAAGGGCUGUUUUUCAAAGCAGAAAAAAUACGUAAAGCAGUCUUGUGCUUGCUAUCUAACAUUGUUAAACCUGUUUUUAUUGCCCUGUUUUGUUAAGGAGCCUUGCUAGGAAAGCAAGAGGCUAUUCUAGGUCAUGACCGGUGUUGUGGUUUAACAACUGGUAGGAACCUAUUUACCUUUCUGGACUUAAACGCACUCAGCUUAAUACUUUGCAAUAGCCAGUAGAGAUUGUCAAUGCAGAAAUCAAAUGACUUCCAUUAACUUUUGGUGCCUUUGCAAAUAUAUCUCUGGUAGUUUUGGAUGAUGAGCUUCCAACCUCCUGCCUAAUUAUGGCUCGAUGGUGUAUUAGAGGAAAUCAGAUCUUAAAUCAUAUCUUACAAAUAUGACUUUGGGCAGUGGGAGUGUAACCUUCACAUACGAAUGAUGCAAUCCAGUCCUCUCCAGUUAGUGUCUGUAUUUCUUCACAGUAGGGAUCUUCGAGUUUGGGAGUAUUCUUUUUAUUCUGCUUUUUAAGUGAAAACGGUUUGGAAAAACCAGGAGCAGGUGGCUACGGGCCAGUGCCCAGGCUCUGUUGCAGCCCAGCUGGCUGGGCUUACGGGCCAGCUCUGCCUCCCUACCUGCUGCUUAAAUUGCUCAGUGCUGCAGCAUUCCCGGCUGGGAACCUGUCCCCUUCCCCAUGGCAGGGCAGCAGCAUCAGCGGAUAGCACUACCUGGUGCCUCCUCGCUCUGAGCGUGGGUAUUUUGGGGCCAGGGUCAGAUUUGCCAAGCAUUUUUCUGUUUGGGUUUUUUUUUUUUUUUUUAAUGUAAUACAGAGAGAAUAAUAUUCCUGAUGUCUCAGACUUACAUAAGGCAGUUUGACGGUAAAGAUUUAACUUCCAAAAUAAAUCAAAAUGUAAUGGCAGUUCCUACGUGAGACCCAAGAAUCGGGAGUGACUUGAAAGGGAAAAUACAA